GAGUCAUAUGAACCCUCGCAUUCUCCUCAAUUCCUCGAAAAUCGAAAGCAUUGGAUACACAGAGAAAACGAGUUUGCGCUUAAAGCCCAAUGUUUACCAACGGUUGACAAGUCUACGACCAGCGCUAGUGUUUCUAACGUAUCUGCAUCGUCACAAUCGAAGAGAACAAGGAGACAAACCGAGAAGAGACAACGUCAAACG